UAUCGAUGCGUACAUGUAUUGACCCAUUUUGUUGUUGGUUGAACUCGAUGUGGUUCUGUGAUAUUUAAAAUAGGGAGAAUUCAUUAGGAAAUAGGAAUAAUUGUCAAGCAAUAUUGAAUUUUUUGUUUUAUUCAGUUGUUCUGGGGCAAUCGUUUAGGUUAGUUUGGGGUAUCAAUAAUAGUGUAACCAAGCAUCAUGGAUAUCAAUAUUGUCCCAGAAGACGUCGUCAUCUCAGGUAUCGGAGGAUAUUUUCCAAAAGCAAAAAAUAUCGAGGAAUUCAGGAAAGCUGUUUUCGAGAAUACUCCAUUGGUGGAACCAAAGUGGCCUGAAGGAGAAAGAAAUUGCUGCAACCUCAUUGGUUGCAUCGAUUCAGAUCACUUUGAUAAUUCCUAUUUUGGAAUCCAUAGGCAACAAUGCCUCUAUAUGGACCCGAUGCAUCGCCUUGCUUUAGAAAGGACAUUUGAAGCUCUUGUCGAUGCUGGUUUGAAUCCUCACGAAAUAAAAGGAAAAAGGAUAGGCGUUUUCAUGGGUUCCACCAUUGGUGAAAACGACAAUUUGUUCAUGGAAUCAGUCGUUAGUGGUUUCGGUGUAACUGGUCAUUCCCGAGCAAUGAUGCCUAACAGAAUAUCUUAUUGGUUGAAUUUGAAAGGACCUAGUGUGGCAUAUGAUUGUAACUGGGUGUCUGGCACUGAAGUACUGCGAAUGGCCUAUGUAGCAAUAAAAACUGGCCAGUGCGAUUCUGUAAUUGUCGGUACUGCCAAUAUCACGACGCAUUCGGAAUUCCAAUGGCUUUAUACCGACAUGGGGUUGUUAUCAUCAGAUGGUAGUACUAGAGCUUUCGAUGCAAACGCAACGGGGUAUGCAAGAAGUGAAGGGGUAGUAGUUCUUUACAUACAAAGGGCUUCCGAAGCGAGAAGGCACUACGCUAGUAUCAUCCACAUCGCCACAAGGUUCGAUGGUAACCGGGAAGGAGAUUUACUGACAGUAGAUUCUGGAAAUAUGGUAGAGUUCUUAGAAGAAUUUUACGAAAAAUCUCCAGUAAAACCUGAGCAAAUUGAGUUUGUUGAAACUUAUGGUUGUGCUUUGAAGAAUGUCGAUGAACCAGAACUGAAUGCCCUAGAAAAAAUAUUUUGCAAGAACCGCAAAGCACCACUGAUGAUCGGGUCCGUCAAAACUAUAACUGGCCACAGUGAGGCUUCAGCUUCACUAUUCUCGAUCGUCCAAGUUAUCAUUGCCAUGGAAGCAGGCAUCAUCCCCGCAACCCUCCAAUUUCAAACACCGAAUCCGAAUAUUCGAGCACUCAAUAAUGGAAAUAUGGAAGUUGUUACGGAUAACAGAAAAUGGAGCGCUGAAUAUGCUGCCGUGAAUUCUAUUGGUAUCGAUUCGUACUACGCACACGUUGUUCUAAAAUCCAAUCCAAAGAAGAAAACUCCUAUUGAAGUCAAUAUACCCACUCUACUUGUCGCAUCCACUAGAACUGAAGAUGGAAUCACUGCCAUAUUAGAAACUCUGAAAAACAAACCUCAAGAUCCAGAGUUCUACAAAUUGGUACAAGACGUAUUUUCAAGGCCAAUCCAAGGACAUCUCCAUAGAGGUUACAUGCUGUUUGGAGAGGAAGGACCAAAACAAGAGACAAGUUAUCAUCAAGGAAACAAGCGUCCAAUCUGGUUUGUUUAUGCCGGUAUGGGAAGCCAAUGGUGUGGUAUGGCCAGUGAUUUGAUGAAUAUCGAGGUGUUCGCAAAGUCUAUCAAAAAAUCUCAUGAUCUGCUAGCAACCAAGGGUAUUGAUUUACUCAACAUCAUCACAACGUCUGAUAAAACGAUAUUCGAUAAUAUUCUACAUUGUUUCGUUGGAAUUGCAGCUAUCCAGAUUGCUCUUACUGAUGUAUUGAGAGCUCUUGGGAUAGAACCCGAUGCAAUUAUUGGUCACUCGGUUGGAGAAUUGGGAUGUGCCUAUGCUGAUGGUUGCAUGACCGCUGAGCAGAUGAUAUUGUCUUCCUAUUCAAGGGGUCGUGCUUCUUUGGAAGCGACUUUGAUUCCAGGGAUGAUGGCUGCUAUCGGUCUCGGCUACAACCAGAUCAAAACUCGCCUGCCACCCACCAUCGAAGUAGCCUGCCACAACGGGUCUGAGAGCUGCACCAUCUCUGGUCCCACACAAGACAUGGAAGUAUUCGUCAAACAAUUGCAGGAUGAGGGAGUUUUCGCCCGUUUGGUUAACGUCGCCAACAUCGCUUACCACAGUCGCUACAUCAAGCCCGCUGCUCCUCUUCUGCUAAAGUACCUUAAGGACGUACUUCCGCAACCGAUGCCCAGGUCGUCGAAAUGGAUAAGUACUUCCAAUCAAGAAAGCGACUGGGAUACCGAUCUGGCCAAACAUUCCUCAGCCGAGUACCAUACGAAUAAUUUAUUGAGCUCGGUUCUUUUCGAGGAGGGGUCCAAGCAUAUUCCUUCUGAUGCUAUUAUCAUUGAGAUUGCGCCUCACGGGUUGCUGCAGGCUAUUUUGAAGAGGUCCGUGAAGGACGCUACGAAUGUGCCGUUGACGCAGAGAGGAGCUAAGAGUGGGGUGGAGUUCCUUCUACAAAGUUUAGGAAAGUUGUACUUGGCAGGUAUGGAUAUGCAAAUAUCGAACAUAUACCCAAAAAUCGAAUACCCAGUGAGUAGAAAUACUCCUGGUCUUGGUGAUUUAGUGCACUGGAAUCAUGCUGACAUUUGGACCAAAGGCGAAGACACUUCUAAAUCAGGAUAUGGUAUCAAGGAUGAGCUGAUUUCUCUCAAUAAUGAAGAAUUCAGGGAAUUCGUUGGAAAUCAUUUGAACGAUAAUGUCGUUCUACCCAUCAGUUACUAUUUGGAAUCUUUGUUUCAAUGUACAGACAAGAUGACAGGAGAACGCACUGAGGUUAUUUUCGAGAACCUCCACUUCAGAAAACAUCUUGUCAUCCCUAGGGCCGGAUUCGUUGCGUUCAACGCUAUGGUCCAAAGUGGCAGUGGUGAAUUUGAAAUUUACUCAGACGAUGAUUUGGUUCUAACUGGGAAAAUAAUUUACCCACUGAGCGGAGACGAGUUUGUUUUGGAAAAAGCGGAAGUUCAAACUAACACUGAAAACGUUCAGUUGACCAGGAGUGAUUUCUAUAACGAAUUGCAACACAGAGGCCACACUUAUUCAGGAUCUUACAAGUCUUUGAGAAGUCUGACCCUUGGUGAAGAAGGAUCAAUUGGUAUUAUUGAAUGGAAAGAGAAAUGGACCUAUUUAGUGGACGCCAUGCUUCAGCAACAUCUCUUCCAAGCUGGUGAGAGAAGUCAAGAAGUUCAUGUGCCCAAACUCAUUCAAAGAGUUGCCUUAUCAUUCCCUCAAUUACCUACAAAUAAAACGGACGUCGAAGUUGCCUAUGAAUACGCUACGAACAUCAUUUCCACUGAUGGUAUUCAGAUUUCUGGAACAACUACUGUACCAUUAGAAGUGGAAGAUAAUUGUCACUUAGAUGCUAUCGAAUGUGUACCUCUAUCCAGUCAAUUCUCAAGAAUUGAGUCUGGAAUAGAAUUCGCCAUUCAACUAGCAGCUGCAAACUAUAGUGAGCUCGAAAUGAAAACUGUUUUUAUAACUGAAAUUGAAUCGACCCACAAUUUAGGCGAAAAAAUAAGGAAUGUCAUGAACGAAUCUAAACAACUCAACAUCAAUUUUUCAUCAGUAGCACAGACUAAACAAAUUGUAAUUCAUCAGUCACAAGCACAGCUAUUCGUUUAUAAUGAUGCAGCAAACGAUCAAAUUUUGAAAUUACUAUCAACUGCAAAUAUCCUCCUGUUGACUAGGCCGAGUAAAAAUAUCCUCUCUGACCCUCAAAUAAUUCAAGCAGCAGAAUUCACUACAGGCUCAGAUAAUUACGUCAUUAUCAGGAAGGCAAAUACAGCCAAAGUUCAAACUAUCAAUAUCAGAGGAGACACUCUCAGUAUCAAGGACCUCAAGCGCGGCUCAGUUACAUGGGUAUCAGAACUGAACGCAGCAGCGGAGGAAGCAAUGCAAAAAUCACAGCUAGUUUAUCUCAUCACUUCUCUAGUUCCCGUUGAAGGUUUCUACAAUUUCGUUCAAGAAUUGAAAUCGUCUCCGAACAUGAAAUGCCUUCGUAUAAUUUUCAACUUGGACAAAAAAUCCGUGGAUUUCACCGCCAUCAUCCAGCGGAAUCUGGUAGUGUCGAUACUUAAAAGUGGUACUUGGUACAGUUACCUGCCUCUCUCUUGUGCCUUCAAAGACAAUAUAGAACUCAAUAACUGUGCUGUUCCUGGCAUCAUUGAAAAUAACACCAUCAGCUAUAUUAGCGUUAAUUUGAGAGACGAAACUCUAAACCCGGCUCGUCCAAAACGGAAUGAGGUAGGCAACAUCGAUUAUGCUGGAAUCAACAAGAAUGGGGAAGAGAUCAUGGGAUUAGCUUAUUUGGAUAAAGACAGUACGAAAUUGGUACCUGAUACGAUAUUCUCCUGGACAUUGCCAGAGAGUUGGAGUCUGGAAGAUGCUGUUACUGUACCACAUGCUUAUGUUUGUGCAUAUUAUAUGUUGAUGGUAAAAGCCGGUAUGAAGCAUGGAGAUACAGUUUUAAUUCACGCUGGAUGUUCGCCUAUUGGUCUAGCAGCAUCUUCGAUAGCUCACACCCAUGGCUGUAACGUUUUCGUGACAGUUGCUACAGAUAAACAAAGGGCAUAUCUCAGAAAAAAUCACUCCUAUUUGAGAGAUUUCAAUAUUCUGGACUCAGAAAGUUCUUCAUUUUCCUCCCAACUGAUGUUGGCGACUGGUGGGAAAGGUGCAGAAGUCAUUCUUAACUGUGUAUCAGGAUCUCUGUUGCAAAACUCUUUGUCCUGUAUAGCUGAUUAUGGCCGAUUCAUCCAAUAUGGCAGAUAUGACACUGAAGAAGGUACCAACAUUGGAAUGUACUGUUUCUUGAGGAACGCAUCUUUCUAUGUAGUUAACUUAGAGAAUGUGUUCAUGCAACCUAAAGAUGUCAAAGAAGAAAUAAGGAGUAUGAUAGUCAAAGGGAUAGAAAACUUUAUUGUAAGACCUUUGCACAGGGAAGUUGUCAGUCACUACAAUGUGGCUAAUAUUCUGAAUACAAUCAAGGACAGUUCAAAUAUCGGAAAAAUAGCCAUCAUAGUGAAUAACAAUUUCAGCGUUAACAAGCUCAAUGUUAACAAACCGAACAAGUUCAUUUGCAGUUCCAAAUCAUCUUACUUUAUUUAUGGUGGAUCGUCCGAGAACUGGGCAGACCUAGCCGAAUGGCUCGUCCGUCGAGGCGCCAGGAAAAUCGUGGUGGUCAGCGAGUCCAAGCCCCAGCAGACCCACAUCAACCGGCGGCUGUCGCUCCUGCAGACCUUCUACGGCGCCAGCAUCAUCACAGCUCCGAGCAGGGCGCACACCAGGGAAGGGGCGGCCGAGGUGCUCUCCGAGGUGUACACCUUGGGCCCCCUGCACGCCGUAUUCACGCUGCCUAGUAAGGGUACGGGCACGCGUGCCAGCGACACCAAACCGGUGCAGUAUCUGGAUGGUGCGCUGCGCACCAUGGCGCCCAAGGCGGUGCUCGUGAACUUCAUCAGCUCGGCUGCCGGCAUUUGUUAUAACAGGGCCGAUGCUGGGUUCCUAACGUACAACGUCCAGUGGCAGAAGACAUCCGACAUUGCUGAUGGUGUGUCCGCGCUGGACAGUGUGCUGAGCUCCAAGGUCAGCAAUGUGUUUGUGAAGAAGAGCAGGGAUGGAGAACAGAAGACUGAUGGUGGUCAAGGGGGUAUCAAAGACAUGAGCAAGGUGAUCCCAACAAUCGAGGACAUCAUCAGAGAGCAAAAGAAUGCACCAGAAGAACCUGAGCUAGUUCAAGUGAUAACUGAAGGUCCUCUUGAAAUUAGGGAGCUGGCUCCACUUUUCAUUGUACCUGGUAUGAUGGGACAGCCAGAACUAGAAGAAAUGGUGACACAUCUACUGUACCCGACCUUCUUAACUGCCAUGCCUGCUACACCUUGGCCUAUUGAAAGAUUGGCUGAAGUAUUUGCACAGAAAAUGCAAGAUUUAUAUCCCAAAGGUGUUUUCAACAUUGUAAGUGUGUCAUCUGGAGGUCCAUUGGCGAUAGAAAUAGCGAGAAUAUUGCACAAACAGAAUGCUAGCCUUCACCUAUUCUUCGUAGAUAGCGCACCUAAUAGGAUUCAGCAAGCAUUGAAAGAGCUAGGAGAGACUUCAAAUGACCAAUCGCUCAAUUUCUUGAGAAGGGUGUUCGAUAUCAAUGAUUCAGAAGUGGUUAAGAAACUUGAAGCAACGAAUGACUGGGAGAGGAGGAUACAAAUUCCUCUUGGAGGUUAUGAAGGAAGUGAACAGGACCAGAAAUUGUUGACUGAGGGUUUGAUAAGAAUCAAAAACCAAAUAGAUAGUAUUAUGGCGUUCCAACCUAAUGGCGAUUUGGUGUCAGGCAAGAUUCAUCUGAUACUAACUGAUGACUCCAGUCGAUACGACUCUUGUGGAUUAUCAUCGUAUUGCCAGCAACCGCCAAAGAUCCAACUUGUGCCUGGGGAUCAUUUGAGUAUUAUUCCUGCAGAAAUUACACACGAAUACAUCAACAGAAAUCACUAUCUAAUCUAAUCAUGAUGUAUGUAGGAAAUAAAUAAAAUAAAUAAAACGAUAGCAA